CUUUGUUACACAGUGUUACUCCGUACAAGUCACCAUGAUCAACUUGUACAUCCGCUCGAGGCUUUAGGUCGCAUGAAUCAUGUCCCAACAACUGGGAAUCCCCCAUCCCUUACCACCAACCCGUCCUAACUACGCACGCUCCCGGUCCCAUACCGACCCAUCCAAGCCGAACCCAUCACCAACAGAACCUCAAACUGCAGGAGCAAACCUCCAGCCCACUCGCCCCUCGCAUGUCCGGUCGAGGUCUUAUCUCUCCCCGGCUGAGACCAAACCUCGCAACGCCCUUACUCUCCCCGCCGCCUCAGCACUCGAGCGCACUGCUGAGCGCCUGCAUCGCGUACAUAUUCCAGGCUCCUCACACCUACACCAUCGACAUUCACAACACCAGCACUCCCUAUCACAUUCUCAGACUCGUAACAGCACUGCCGGUGAUGCGCCUUACAAAAGAGGCCACCGUCCGACGCAGUCUGACGCCCUGACACGCACAUCCUCAUUCCGCCGUGUACAACCCAAGCAGUCCAAAGAGGCUCUCCCACAUCUCCUGGCAGGACUCAACGCGGAGCGAGAGAAACGCGGGCACCUCCAUCGCAUCAAUACAAACACAAGUUUGCACACAUAUUCCAAUGGCAGUUCCACCACUACAGGAGGCCAGAAUGGUGCCAGUCUCCAUCCUCCGGGCGUCUCUCAAACGUCAGAGUAUGCCGAUGGCCGCAACCUAGACCUUCGUCUCCGGGCGACAUCCGACCCUCAUAACCGUCCCCAAAUACGACCGAAAACGUCAUUCGAACAGGCCCUAGACCGAGGCGACCAAGCACGAGUAGCACGACGCAUCCAUGUCAAGAAGGUCGACAUUGAGCGUCGCGACGCCGAGCUUGCCGCCGCGGAAGAUGAAAUGCGCACGCGCAUCGCAAACAUGACGGCCCAAGGCGUAGAAAUCACGCGCCGUCUUGACUACGGGUACUACAACUUGCUCGAGACGAUAGGCAGUCUCGUCGCCACGAUUACGAGUUUCCAAAGCCUCUCGGUGCAAACGUCGCAAUUGAUCAACAACUUUGACAAGGAGAGCGAGAGACUAGAUCAUGACACGCGGCGGAGAGUCGAACGGUUCAAGGGCGAGUUCGAGGUCCGGAACGCCAAGGCCGAAGAGCUGUCGGAAAGAGGGAGAAAGGUCAAUGACCGAGCCGAGGAUCUGAGUUUGCGACUGGAGAAUGCUAGAAUCAUCUUGAAGAACUGGGAACGUAAAGAGGACGACAUACGGAAGGUUUGGGUCCGCGUGGGCAGGGUGGUAUGGUAUCUUAGUCUACUUGUGGUGGUUGCGGUGUUGGCCCUCGUGUUGGGAAGGGAGUCCUUGUCCAGGCGGGACGAAGUACACAGCAAAUUAGCCGAUUAUACCCGCGGGGCAUGGAAUGGCAGCCUGGGUCUCCCGAGCGUCGAGGUCACGCUGCCUGAGGGCGGAGGCGUGCCGGAUGACGUGAAGCGACUGAUCCAGAGUGCUGCGGAGAGAAACAGGGCGAGGAAUAAGGGGUUGCCUUGUGACACAGAGGAGGGAGGCACGACGACUGACACUCCGGCGACGGUGAAGAUUGGGAAAGACACGAAGGUGGGCAAUGUGGAUGAUGCGCGGUUGAGAGUGUUGGACGAGCUUUGAGGUAUGCGAUACUGAGUGGUGUAAUGCUGGGGGCGUUGAAAUGACUGUGUCGUGGCCGAUUGAUAUGUGCUCGAUUGUUUUCUUUAAGAAAUCAGAUGAGAUACCCCCUUUUCGUACGCAAGUCAUUGCAAAGACAAAAAGAGACCAAUAUUUACCAACCCGUACAGUACUACUCUACAAAUCCUGAGCGCACCCGGAAGCGCAAGACAGAGAGAACACAUGGGUGAAUAGUGGGUGAUGCUACCUUAGAG